UCCCUCCCUCCCUGCAUUCCCAUCCCCAGCCCAGAGGCUGCUGCAGCCACACACCGGCCGCGUACUGCUCAUGUGAGGCACAGCUGAGAGCGGCGCCGGACCAUCACUCGCACUGACACCCGCACCGGGGGCAUUUACCACCUGGGGGCACCUCCCGCCAGCUGUCACAGAGCAGGAACAGGAAAAUCACAGCCCAGCCUCAGUAGACAGUGUAAAAAGAUUUAUUGAAGACGGCAAGUGAGAGAACCCUAUCACUGCAACAACAUGGACCGCUUGAUCCUAGGAAUGCAGCAGCUGAGGAGACAUUUCUGCAAAUCUGUUUAAAGACUAGAACACACAUUUUGGGAUUGACGUAAAGAUGCUGAUGUUUGAUCCAGUUCCUAUUAAGCAGGAGGCCAUGGAGCCCAUGUCGUUGACCUAUCAAUCCAGUUAUAUAGAGCCACUGAAGACAAAUAAUAAAUAUAGUGUCAUUUACCCGACACCGAACAUGCUGCACAGUAAACUGUACCACGGUGCUGAAGGAUUGUCAGGAUUGCAAAUGGAACCGGUUGAUCUCACUACAAACAAAAGAAACUCGCCUCCCUCCACUGGAAGCUCCCCGUCUCCUGUGAAAUACCAGUCUCCCAAGAGAAGGGGUUCUCCCAUUUUAUUUAUGCCCUCGUCUAGCCCUCCUCUGAAAAAGUUAUCCCCAUCACCGCCUGCUGUACCAAACUUUUCAAUGCCAUUUUCGCUCAACCCUAUGUUAUCUGCGUUUCCAAGGCAUGGCUACAGGAACCCAGGACUCCUACCCCUCCUACAGCCGGUGGUUGUACAGCCUGUCCCUUUCAUGUACACCCACCACCUCUCGCAGCCAAUCAUGUUAUCGACUGUACUAGCUGAGGAGCUGGAGAACCAAAGCAGCAAGCACAUGUCCAUGGCCAUGUCUGAUUGCUAUGAAAAAGCUCCUCUAAUAAACCACAUAAAGGUUGAGCCUGGUUUGGAACAGCCAAUGACUGACGUUUACCCUGAACAAAUGUCGCCCGGUAUCAGCACCCCUCCGAAGGUGAUGUUCCAUGAACAUCACCCAUCCGUUAUAGUACACUCAGGGAAGAGGCCGUUACCAGUAGAAUCUCCGGAGACCCAGCGGAAGAGAAGAAUACACAGAUGUGAUUAUGAUGGAUGCAAUAAAGUUUACACCAAAAGCUCCCAUUUAAAGGCACACCGGAGGACACAUACAGGGGAAAAGCCUUAUCAGUGUACUUGGGAAGGCUGUACGUGGAAGUUUGCCCGCUCAGACGAGCUUACUCGGCAUUUCCGGAAACACACUGGAAUCAAACCAUUUCAGUGCCCAGACUGUGACCGUAGCUUCUCCCGCUCGGACCAUCUCGCCCUCCACAGAAAGAGACACAUGCUUGUCUGAAAAUUGAGUUGUUUUUUCUUUGACUUUUUUUUUUUUCAACCUUUUCAAAAAAAUUUUUUAUAUAAUCUGGAUUCAGCUGGCCUGAAUCUCAUGUAAACAAUUCCAUAGGGUCAGUAAAUGAUGUUCUGUCAACCUCAUUCUACUUGCCACGGGUCAGACCUAAGAAUGUGAACUUUUUGUUUGUUUGUAUGUUUUUAAUACAGAGGCUAAAGCAGUAACCUCCUGCCCUUGAUUACACCUCAGGAAAUAGACAAAUGGACAAUGUACUGCUUCACGUGUACUUGCAAGCCAUAUAUCUAUAUUAAAUAACUUAUACAUGUAUUUAAUUAUAAAAAAUGCCUAGUUUGCUUCAUCUUGCCACAUUCCUCACACUUGUCAUCAUAAGAAAUGAAUCUUUUUUUUUUUUAUUGUCCACAAUUAAAGAAAUACGUUUCCUAAAAGCAGCCAAUGAAAAUCUUAGGAUUCCUUGUCCAUUGUUUAUGUUUUUGCCACUUUAACAGAAUGCAAGGAGUGUACCUUUAUGUAAGGAGAAAAAACAAGACAAUGGAAGACGGAAAACAAGCACCAAAUAUAUGUCAUUUAAAAUAAUUAUUAUUUAUUUUUUGCCAUUUUCUUCCCGGUUAUUGGACGUCUCUUUCAUGGAUUUAUGGUCUGUGCCUUAAUCAAAAAUCAAUUUGAUAAUCCACUUAUUUUCUAAAUAGCCCAUGUAUCCAACAUAUGUAUCUACCUAUUCAAAUGUACAAUUUGUCUAUGCUAUGUAUUAUGAUGUGCAAUGUACUUGAAUAAUAUUAAAAAUAUAUAUUUUUAAAAAAUA